CUAUUUUUAUAUUUUAUUUUUGUCUUACUAGAAGCAUAUUGUAAAUAUUUUAUUCUUAUGCUUUGUGAUCUUAGUAGUUUUCAAUGACAAUGAUUUCUGUGUUAAUAAUAUUUAUAAUUUCAGACUUUGGUUUUUUCAAACCCACCUUUAAUCAGAUAUUACCUUGGACGGCUGUAACAAGAAUAUAGCAAAUAUAAUCUGUGUUAUAUUUUCAAGAAUUAUUCAAACUUGCAUAUUAGGUGUUUGAGAUUUGUUUUCACUCACUCAUGAUGAAGUCCUUUGGUACCUCUCCUAGGAAAUGCUUUUCAAGUUCCAACUCUGAUGAUAGCUUUGAAUCCACCAUAACAAACAAAGAAAGUGUAGAGAGUGGCACAAGAAAAAAAGGCAGCAGCAGUUUUGCAUCUAGGAUUCAUGAACAUGUGAAAAUUGGUUCAAAACUAUCUGAGACUUUAAAGGGAAAGUUGAAUUUGGGAAAAAAGAUUAUACAAAAAGGUGGGAGAGGGAACAUUUUUAAGCACAUUUUUGGGAUGCAAGAAGAUGAGAAACUCUUGAAGGCUUCUCAGUGCUAUUUAUACACCACAGCUGGUCCUAUUGCUGGGGUUCUCUUUGUUUCCACCAAAAAGGUUGCAUUUUGCAGUGAAAAUCACAUAACUUUCUCUUCUUCAUCUGGAGAGUUAGUCAGUGCACCUUACAAGGUUUUGAUACCAGUACAAAAGAUAAGAGAAGUACAUGAAAGCCAGAAUGUGAACAAGUUAAAGCAGAAGUACAUAGAAAUAGUUACUGAAGAUGAGUAUGAAUUUUGGUUUAUGGGAUUUUUGAGGUAUGAAAAAGCUUUAAAGAAUCUCCAUAAAGCAAUUUCUAAUACAAAUUAAUCACAGGAAAAAGAAAAUUUAUUGAUUGUAAUACAUCAAGUAGUUUUGUCACACUAGAUUUGAUGAGAUUGAAAAGUUUUUUUUUUUUUUGUAUGACCAUUUUUUGUAGGUUUAGUAUUAAUAUAAUCUGUGUUCUGUCUUUUUUCCUUUCUUUGAAACAAAAAAUGUGUAUAAACUUAAAGGAGCCAAAAUAGUGAUACUAGUUGAAAUAUGAAUUGUAUAUAAUUUGUGUUGUUGUAAAAGAUGCAUACCAACUGUUUGAUUAUUUUCCACAAUGAAUAGAGAAGGCUUGUGAAGUUAACAUAGGUGGAUUUCGAUCUGAGUUUGAUUACACAUCAAUUUGCUCAGUUUUGUGCUUUUCUUGAAAUACAAUUUUGUUGAAUUGUAGAAUUUACUACAAACAUAAAAAUGGAGCAGAGUAUUAGGCUAUCUAAGGAAGUAGGUUUAGCUUGGAUGAGUUAGACCCUCUUUUACCCCCCUAUCUUUGAUUUGAUGCAUAACAUUUUUUUAAUUAAUAGAGGGUUAUAUUAACACUUCCAAAAAAAAAAAAAAAUAGGGUUUCAAUAUUCAUUUAAGUCGAGUACAUCACAAAAUGCACAUCAUUGUUUACACUGAGACAAAACACAAAAGUUUAUAUUUUGCAUAACAUGAAAAUAUCAAACAGUAUAUAUUAAAAUUAAUUACUAAAAU